AUGCUGUAUGCGAAUGUGUUCCAGGUGCUUGGGCGAGGAUUGGCCUCAACGGUACGGCUAUGCGUUGAGAAGGGAACUGGCUUGGAGUUUGCUGUAAAAAUUGUGGAUAUCAGCACGGAAAUGCAAGCUGAUGCGGAUGCACGUCGACUGUAUAACGAGACGAUAAGUGAAGUGAAUCUACUACGACAGCUUGCUGGACAUCCGUCUAUCAGUUCGCUUGAUUAUUCUUAG